UGUUAUAUCUAUCCAGAACGGAACGAUCAUUUCGGAAAAUCACUCAAAGCCUAUCUGCACAACCUGAUGCUGAACAGCGCGAUCCCGGUGCGGCUGCCCUUCUCCCUGGCUUCUCUUACCUGCCAAAUGCAAAUCUCGACCGAUGAGGUUCAUGCGCGAGUGGCAAGUCAUCAUAGAACUUUUACAUCCGUAACCUUCAUCGUCAAGAUCACCGUCUGCUUUAUCUCAUCGUGUCUCGGUGUCGGGUGA